AUGUAUGGUAGGGCUAGAAUACGAUCAACUGCUAUACUAUUAACACGACUAUAUUCGUUAAAUAAUAUACUCAAUGAUACUAGAAUAACUAUACCAUUGAUAAAACAAUUAUUACCUGCUUAUAAAUCAUUAUCAACUAAAGAAAAACGUCAAUUAAUAGAAAAGAAUGAAAAUUUCUUAAAUUUAAAAUUCAAAAUGAUGAUUAAUGACUCCAGUCCAGAAAUAUUCAAAUUUAUAGUUGAUAAUUAUAAAAUAUUAAAUAAUGAGUUAGUUGAGUUGUAUAUUUUCAAUUUAAUUUAUCAAUUUGAUUUAAAACCUGUUAAUUUAUUAUUACAUAAAUUAUUAUCGUGUGAUUUUAAAAUAUCGAAUGAAAUUUGGUGUUAUUAUUUAAAUCAAGUAUUACUUCAUAAUGAUCAUCUCGGAGCUAUGUUAAUAUAUCAUGAAAUCAUAGAUAAUUGGAAAUUUUAUACCCAAGAUAUUACAAAUUAUUUACCAAUGAAUGAUCAAAUAUCAUUUCUUAUCACACCUUCAAAUUUAGAACAAUUUGGUGUGAUAUUUAAGAAUAAUAAUGAUAUAGCUAGAAUUAAGGGAUUGCUAAGCUACUUUAAAAGAUUUUACUCAUUUCAUAAACUUAAUCAAAGCUAUAAAAAUUUGUUAAUUUUAUUAAUUGAGACUCAUUCAAGAUUGGACAAUUACGAAGAAGCAAUUUUACUGCUUAAUAAGUUAUGUUAUUUGAUAAGUGACAAAACACCAAAUAAGAAUUAUCAUUCGAGGAACAAUAUCAAUUGGAGAGUUUUAAAUAUAAAAACUAAUCAGUUUAAAUUAGAUGAUUUUGAGGAGUUUAAUCUAGAUAUUCAUCAAAAUUUAAUUUGUAAUAUCUUGAAACUAGAUAAAUAUAAUCCUAUUAUUCAAAGAAAUGUAUAUAAAUCUCCCAAUAAAUCACCAAUCCCAUUUAUUGCUAGUACUAUUUCAAUUAGUGAUUUACCAGAAUUUGAAUUUUUAUUAUCAAAGAAGAUACAAGAUAUAAGUAAUAAGGAAGACUUGUUGAAUAAGUUGAUAGAUAUAUCACAAUCAUCACAUUAUUCAAUCAACUUAUUCAUAAUCUCGAGUUUAUGUAAACUAAAGAAAUUUGAUAUCAUACUACAAUUUAUAAAACAUAUAUCAAUACGAAAUGGCAUUGACCAUCUGAAAUUGGUCAAACAUCAAAGUUUUAUCAAUAUAUUUCAAUGUAUGGCUAAUUCUUUACAAGACAAUAUUGAUCCAGAUAUAAUUACUUUAUCAACUGAAAUAUUUAAUCAACACAAAAUUCUCAACUCAGGGUCAAUUAAUCUUAAAGUACUCAAAUCAUACAUCAAAGUCCUUCUUUAUUCAAACAAUCAAGAGGAAAUAAUUAAAAGUUUGCAACUGUUAACCACUUAUAAAUCAAAACAAUCAAAACUUUUAAUACUUAAUGAUAAAUUAUACGACAAUUACAAAAAUUUAAAACUUAAUAAUACAUAUGAUUCAUUAGUUACUUGUAUAUAG